GCCUUAGGGCUGUUCUUAAUCAAGUAUAGUGCUAGGGGAGAGAUAUUUUUCAAGCAGUUAUGAAGUCUGAGGAAGAUCCUGAGGAGGAAGAAAAUAUUGUUAGGGGUCCAAGCUGAGCAUACAAUGUAGCAAGAUGAAUGUCAAACUGGAAACAUUAUAAACCAAGUUCUUAAACCUUUGGUUAGAAGUUUUAGCCAAGGACUUGUUUUAUGUGAAUAGCUGAGGUUUGUAAGUUAGAGAACUACGUAGUUUACUGCUGGCAACAAGGAGCUUCAGUUCCUCUUUAUGAUGAGCUUUUGGCUUUCCUGUUCUGCUAAAAACAGGCAAACAGAUUGGAACAAAUAUGAUGACAGACUAAUGAAAGCAGCUGAAAGGGGAGAUGUAGAAAAAUUGUCCAGCAUCCUUGCUAAAAAGGGAAUCAAUCCUGGUAAAUUAGAUGUGGAAGGCAGAUCUGCAUUCCAUGUUGUCGCAUCAAAGGGAAAUUUGGAGUGUUUGAAUGCUAUACUUGUACAUGGAGUUGACAUUACUGCCAGUGAUAUUGCAGGGAGAAGUGCCCUUCACCUUGCCGCAAAAUAUGGACAUGCUUUGUGCUUACAAAAGCUUUUACAGUACAACUGCCCUACUGAACAUGCAGACCUGCAGGGUAGGACUGCACUUCAUGAUGCAGCAAUGGCAGAUUGUAUUUCUAGCAUACAACUGCUUUGUGACCAUGGAGCCUCAGUAAAUGCCAAAGAUAUGGAUGGGCGUACACCACUGGUACUGGCCACUCAGAUGUGUAGACCAUUAAUAUGCCAACUUCUGAUUGAUCGUGGUGCAGAUAUUAAUGCCAGAGACAAACAAAGCAGGACUGCACUAAUGUUAGGCUGUGAGUAUGGUUGUAAGGAUGCCGUGGACAUUUUAAUUAAAAAUGGUGCAGAUGCCAGCUUGUUGGAUGCUCUUGGCCAUGAUACUUCUUACUAUGCAAGAAUUGGUGAUAAUCUGGAUAUUCUAUCAUUAAUGAAGAAUUCAGCUGAAAAUGCAAACAAAGGGAGAGAACCUUUGAAGAAAGGACUAUCUUUUCAGCAGGUAUCUUAUGUUCCACCAACCCGAAAUCUGUUGCAUAUUCAAGAUGAUGUAAAUAUGAGAUCUUAUCAAUGGGAGCAGAAAAAUGUUCAGGAUCUAGAGGCUGAAAAUGAAGAUUUGAAAGAAAAAUUGAGAACUAUUCAACAAGAACAAAGGAUAUUAAUCGAUAAAGUCAAUGGAUUGCAACUUCAAUUAAAUGAGGAAGUAAUGGUUGCUGAUGAUCUUGAAAAUGAGAAAGAAAAACUGAGAUCCCUUUUGACAGUCAAGGAAAAACAGCAUGAAGAAAGCUUAAGGACUAUUGAAGCUCUGAAAAACAGAUUCAAAUAUUAUGAGGGUGACUUUGUGGGAGCAGGAAGUCACUUCAAUAGUAGAAAAGAAGAUGUGCUUCUUAAGCAGACUCAGAUUUUUGUUUCAGAAUCACAGUAUACGUCUUCAGGUAUUCCAGUACCAGCCCAUAUACAAACAAGAUCCAUGCUAAGACCGUUGGAAUUGUCCUUACCCAAUCAAACUAUUUCUGAAAAUGAGAUUUUAAAAAAAGAGUUGGACACUAUGAGAACCUUUUGUGAUUCAGCUAAACAGGAGAAAAUUAAACUCCAAAAUGAACUGGCCCACAAAGUGGCAGAAUACAAAGCUUUGGCAUUAGAAUGUGAAAGAGUCAAGGAGGAUUCUGAUGAACAGAUAAAGCAAUUAGAAGAUGCUUUGAAAGAUGUGCAAAAGAGAAUGUAUGAGUCAGAAGGUAAAGUAAAGCAAAUGCAAACUCAUUUUCUUGCUCUGAAGGAGCACUUGACAAAUGAAGCGGCUUCAGGAAAUAACAGAUUAACAGAAUUAAGGGAUCAGUUGAAAGACAUGAAAGCAAAGUAUGAAGGAGCUUCUGCUGAAGUAGGAAGGUUAAAGAACCAAAUUAAACAAAAUGAAAUGUUAGUAGAGGAGUUUAAAAGGGAUGAAGGGAGGCUAGUAGAAGAAAAUAAACGAUUACAGAAAGAAUUUAGCAUGUCUGAAAUAGAGCGAGAGAAGAGAGGGAAAAAAGCUUUGGAGAUGGAAGGUCAACUAAAAGAAUUGGCAACAAAGUUGGCCCUCUCUAUCCCUGCUGAAAAAUUUGACAACAUGAAAAACUUGUUAUCAAAUGAAGUGAAUGAGAAAGCAAAAAUGUUUGUGGAGAUGGAAAAAGAAUAUGAAAAAUCACAGACUGAACUUAGACAGUUAAAGAGAGAACUUGAGAACUAUAAAGCUAAGCUUUCUCAUUAUGUAAGGCCAGAAGAACAUGAAGAACUUAAGGACAAAUUUGAACACAAGUCAGGUGAACUUGGAAAGAAAAUCACUGAAUUAACUUUGAAGAAUCAGGCAUUACAGAAAGAACUUGAAAAGGUUUGUGCAGAUAACAAGCUACUAAACCAACAGUUGCAGAACUUAGCAAUUGAUAUGAAAACUCAUUAUAUUCCUUUAAAAUUGAAUGAAGAAAUGAAAAAGUCAUAUGGUUUGAAUAUUGAAGAUUUGAACAAAAAACUAAUGGAUUUAACACAAAAGUAUAAGGAAAAAGACAUGGAAAAUGAGAAACUGAUGAUAGAAAGAAACAAUUUAAGUAAGAAUGUUUGUCAUCUUGAAGCUACAUAUAUCCCUCUAGAAAACCAUGAAAAAGAGAUAAUAUCUCUAAAAUCUAAUAUCAAUGAACUUAAAAAAGAACUUUCAGAACUUAAUAAAAUAAGUGGUGGUAGAGAAGAAAAGUUGCAUGUAACCAUAUCUGAGAAUACAAAACUGAAAAGGGCGAUAAAUGAACAGUAUGUGCCUGUUACAACUCAUGAAGAAAUUAAAGCAGCGUUAAAUAAUACUUUGGAUAAAACUAACAGAGAAUUGACAGAUGUGAAAAGAAAACUUGAAGAUGCAAAAAAAGAAUUUGUACAAGUAAGAGAUGAAAAUGGAGCAUUAAAAAAAAAGCUAGAAGAUUCUAAGAACCAAAUGGAAGCUGAGUAUAUCAGUAUAAAAGAACAUGAAGAUAAAAUGAAUGCUAUCAACAAAAGCCUAAAAGAAACUCAGGAAAAUAAUGCUGAAGUUCUUGCUAAGUAUAAUAAGGGUGAAAAAGAGAUUUUAACUUUGCUUGCUGAGAUUGAAGCCCAAAAGAAGGAACUUGAUACAAUACAAGAGUGCAUUAAGCUAAAGUAUGCUCCACUUGUUAGUUUUGAAGAACGAGAGAAAACCUUUAAAGCCACUGUGAAAGAACUCAGGGAUCAGUUGAUAGCACAGACACAAAGAUGCAGAGUAGGGGAAGAAGAGGCUCAUAAAUGUCAGCAGGAAAAUGAAAAAUUAAAAAAUGAGGUUCUCAUGAUUCAGAAUGAUUUGAAGAAAAAGGAUAUUCUUAUCGAGAACUCCCGUGAAUUGGAGAAAUUAUUGAAACAAAAAACAGAAGAACUUAACAAACAGCUAAAGGAUCUGUCAGAAAAAUACACUGAAGUAAUAAGUGAAAAAGUGAAACUCCUGGAAGAAAAUGCCAAACAGAACUCUGAAGUACUUGCAGCACAAGCACUUUUGCAGAAACAUGUUCCCCUGGGGCAGGUUGAAGCACUGAAAAACUCUCUUAGCAGCACAAUUGAGGCUCUGAGAGAAGAACUUAAGGACAAGCAGAGGCGUCAUGAGGAAGCUCAACGGGCAGCAACUGAAUGGCAGCAGAUGGUAGAGAAUCAAAGGCAUUCUUCUGUGCCCCUGGUAGAACAUGAGCAGAUAAAGGAAGCAUUGGAGAAAGAAGCUGGGUACAUGAAAGCCAAAUUGAGUGAAAAAGAAGAAGAAAGUCAAUCCAAAACCGAAAAGAUCUCUAGACUCCAAGAUGAGAUUCAGAAUUUGAAACAAGCAUUUAAGAAAUUAGAGUCUAGAGGGGUUAUUGAUUUAUCUGAAUAUAGCACAAUGAAAAGUGCCUUAGAGGCACAAAUUACCAACAUAACAGAAAAUUUCACUGCUUUGAAUAAAAAGUAUGAGGAAGUGUGUGAAGAAGCUGCGCGUGCUAAAAAGGCAGAACUUUCUGCAAAAGAUGAAAAAGAAUUGAUACAAUCAAGGAGUUUAAGCAUUGAACAAGAAAUUAAGGAUCAAAAAGAAAGAUGUGACAAAUCUUUAACAACAAUUACUGAUUUACAAAGAAGAAUGCAAGAGUCCGCCAAACAAAUAGAAGCUAAAGACAAUAAGAUAACAGAACUGCUUAAUGAUGUGGAACGACUGAAACAGGCCCUUAAUGGCCUCUCACAACUUACUUAUACAAGUGGGAAUUCUACAAAGAGAGAGAAUCAACAGGUGGAAACACUUCAGCAACAGGUGAAUUCUCUACAACAGCAACUGGCUGAUGCUGACAGACAGCACCAAGAAGUGAUUGGAAUAUAUCGGACACAUCUUCUUAGUGCUGCACAGGGUCACAUGGAUGAAGAUGUUCAAGCUGCCUUACUCCAGAUCAUCCGCAUGAGACAGGGACUUGUUUGCUAGAGCACUUAGUCCUGGUGUCCAAAGCUUGUGACUGUGUCUUUAUCAACCUCCACAGCUUUCCCUUCUUACUAUGGAUUUUACUGUGUUAGCAUAGCUGAAAUUAAAUGUACCUUUUCUUCUCAAAGGGAAAAAUGAAAUGAGAAAGAUGCCUGUUACUGUUAGAAUAUUAUCAGUUCAUGUUAUAUUAAAAAUAUAUUGUGAAUUUUGAGGAAAUUUAGAAUAUUAAAAGUUAUGCAAAUGAAAGCAGUCAAAAUGAUUUGAUUACUACUACUGAUGUCGUAGUGACUGCUUAAAAAAAUCUUUGGUGCCCAUUAUAAAACAUGAGUUCAAUUAUAAAUGAAUCCAUAUUUUUCUUUUGCUAAAAGCAGUUGUUAAAAGAGUUUUUUAGAGGAUUCAAGUUGGUAGCUACUUAUAAUUGAAUCAAAACACCUCCCUCUGAUUAAUAGAGCAUUCUCAAAUAAAAUGUGAUGUGGUGUCCAGAAAUGUAUUGUAGCUUGGCUGGCCAAGUUGCAUUUCUAUUUAAGUAACUUAAAUUUAAGUGCCUUUUCUUUUAUUAAAGGUACAGAUUUUCUCCUCAGAAGUUUUAUGCUUUUUUACAGAGAUAUUUUUUCAUUAAUGCUUUGUAACUAAUUACAUUUAGAUUAAGAAUAGCUGGGCUGGAAUUUAUCAAGAGUUUUUAAAUGAUAUGUUAAUUUCCAGCAUAGUAUCUUAACUUUUACUUCAAGUCAUGAUUUUUCAUGCUCUGGUAAUUCUUUGUAAUUCUUUGAUAAAUUAUAUGCUAGAUUCCUUAAAGUGUCAUAUCUUUAGCAACAAUUUUAAACCUUUACCACGAAAAUAACCAAAAUAGAUUUUAAGUGUCUUGUAACUUUCAAGUUUAUUUAUAGGAAAGUUAUACCCAAAGAAUAUUAUACUUUGAGAUCUACCUUUCUUGUGAAUCAAGCCUGACUUAUGCAUUAAAAUUUGACUCUAUGGUUUUAAUUGAAAAUGCAGGUAAAACUUAAAGAUAUUUUGCAAGAAUUCUUUAUUUCAAAAAAAUUUGAUAAUGUUUAUAGUAAACAGUCUAGUGAAACCAACUAUUUGAAUAAAUCUCAGUAUGAAAAGCUUAAUUGUUUUAAGUUAUUUUAUUAAUUUUGUUUACCAUUCAAAUUGGAAAAAAAAAAAGCUUCACUGUUUAUACCAAACAGGGCUGAAAGAAUAACCAUUUCAACCAAGUUUUCUUGCAUUAAAGAGAAUGUGCCUUUCCCUAAAGAGUUAGUGCUUCUUGAGGCUGAUUAUGAGUCUAGCUAUCUCACAAAGCUCAGGGCAAACCACCAUCAAAAUGGAAACCACUGCCCAGAGAAGACUGGUCUCAUUUGCUAAAUGGAGAGCUAUAGCAAUGAUAGGAAUUUCUAAAGUGUAAUUUUCAAAAAAAUCAUUAAUGUGAAGUGCUAAAUUUUUCAUAAGGAAUAUUUAACUUUUUAUUAGCAUGAUUAUAUGCUGUUCUAACCUCUAAGUAGAAUCUCUUAGAAUGUAAAAUCUAAGGGUCCACAUGUUACACUUAAGUUUUAAGUUCUAUUUUAUCAUUUUGUUGAAAUCCUUAUUAGAGAGAAUUUGCUAAAUUGAAACUGACAUUUCAAAAUUAUAUUUUCCUAAUUUUUGGGAAACAACAUAUAUUUUAUUUCUCCUAUAUCCAUUAAUAAAAUGCUGCUUUCAAUGAA